AUGGCUGGUGGGGCAUCUUUCCUUGGUUGCAACAGAGAGCAGUGGACCCAGAAAUCCCACCAAAAAAAAGAUUCCUAUUUAGCACAGGCAAGAGACUUAGUUUGACUGUAUUUUGUCAAGGUGGCUUGGGCAUGGACGCUCUGCCUUCUGCUGCCCUUCAUCGCAGUCACAACCUACCAGUUUGCCAAGAGCAAGUUCCUCUAUGGUCCCACGAAGAGCAUUUUGAUGGUGCUGCGGCGUCUCAGUGCGCUGCUGGUGGGCACUGCCGUCUGGUACGUCUGCACUGGACUCUUCACGUAUAUCGAGAAUCUCACCGGCGUGUGCUCUACCACGGGUAAACUCGGCGAGCCUCACCGGCUGUAUGCCACCAAGCAGGAGUGCCACCAGGACAAUGGGGUCUGGAAUGGUUUUGACAUCUCAGGGCACUGUUUUCUCCUCUCGUACUGUGCUCUGAUGAUUGUGGAGGAAGUGGCUGUGCUGGAAAGCUUGUCCAUGGACCAGAACUCUAAGCUGCGUGUUGUGAUCAACAGCCUGUUUAUUUCCUUGUGCUUUCUCACCAUGAUCUGGGUGUUCAUGUUUCUAUGCACUGCUGUGUAUUUCCAUGACUUCAGUCAGAAGUUUUUUGGUGUGUUGAUAGGUCUGUCAGCUUGGUACGGGACAUACAGAUUUUGGUACCUGAAACCCUUUUCUCCUGGACUACCUCUUCCAAAUAUACCUUUGAGUUCAAAGAAAUACAGUUAUAGCAGAUAA